UCGUUUCAAUUGUGGCGAGAGAACCCUUCGGCGCCGCUAAAUGUUUACCAACUUAAUACGGUAACUUUCGGUACUUCUUCUGGGGCCUUUUUAGCCAUCCGCUGUCUCAAUCAGCUGGCAAAGGAAUGUGCAGACGAAGCGGUCUCUCGUACUAUAUUGGAAGACUGUUACGUGGAUGACCUAAUUACAGGAAAUAAUGAUAAACACGCUUUAAUUGAUAUCUGUGAAAAGGUCACCGACGUACUGCAGUCAGGUUGUUUCCCACUCCGAAAAUGGGUGUUUAACUUUGACGUUUCGGAAUUUUCCUCGUCAAAAAUUACGUCACGCGAAUUAUGUUUAGGCGACAACUGUCAAAGUAAAACACUCGGCUUAGGAUGGACUAACAACACUGACGAAUUUUAUUACACGGCAAAAAUACAAAUGGAUAAUAAUAACGAACCGAUAACAAAACGCAAAAUAUUAUCUGUAAUUUCACAAAUGUAUGACCCUCUCGGGCUACUUUCGCCGGCCAUAAUUAUUGCCAAAAUGUUACUCCAAAAACUAUGGCUUUGCCGCUUAGAUUGGGACUCGGAAGUGCCUGAGGAUGUCGCAUCAGCCUGGCGUAGAUACAUACUCAUACAUACACAACACAUACAUAGCCUCCGCAUUCCUCGUUAUGUAAUGAAUGCGUCUGCGCAUUGCACACAGCUGCACUUUUUUUGUGAUGCUAGUCAAGCGGCCUAUGGAGCCUGUGCAUAUGUACGUACGCUUUCGGGAAAUAAUAAUGAGGUCAUAACAGUGCAUCUGUUGUGUUCGAAGAGUAAGGUCGCUCCCUUGAAAUCCGUCAGUAUCGCGAAACUUGAAUUAUUAGGCGCGCUGUUAGCUGCUAGGCUGUACUCGAAAGUAAUUAAAUCGCUUAAAGUGAAGUUCGAUUCUGUGUAUUUUUGGUGUGAUAGCACAAUUGUUCUUGGGUGGGUCCGAAUGUCACCCCACACGCUUAAAACUUUUGUUCAAAACAGAGUGUCGGAGAUAAACGAGUUAACCGGGAGCGCGCAGUGGUUACAUGUAAGUAGCAAAAAUAACGCAGCUGAUUUAGUUAGCCGCGGCCUUGAACUUGACGCGCUUAUUGAUAAUUCGUUCUGGUUCAAUGGACCGCCCUUUUUGCAUGAACCGGAAUCCGACUGGUUACCUAGUACUUUAUCUCGCACUUCGCAAAUAAUACCGGACGAUUUACCUGAAAUAAAAACAAAUACAAUUAGUAUGAUAAGCCAAAUUAACACCGAUGUAUUCGAAUUCGACAGGUUUUCGUCUUUUAACCGCUUACGGCGCGCGGGUGCUUAUGUUUUGCGAUUUAUAAACAACACACGCAUUACAAACAAAAUAAAUCGUAAAACUGGCCCGCUGACUGUUGACGAAUUGAAUGCAUCGAUGCAACAUCUGGCGCGUCUUUCGCAAAUGAAAUCUUUUCCUGUUGAGUAUGAUAAGAUGAUAAAUAACUUACCUGUUAAACACACGCGCGGUAUUAAUAAAUUAAAUGUCUUUUUAGACACAGAUAAACUAAUAAGGGUCGGUGGUCGUAUUAGUAAUGCGACUAGUUUUUCAUACGACAAAAAACAUCCGAUUUUGCUUUGUUCGAAACAUCGUUUCACACAGCUAUUGUUUCAAAGUGAGCACAUACGAUUACUGCAUGCGCCUCCUAGUCUCCUGCUUGCUACUAUCAAAGACUGCUGGUGGCCUCUCGGAGGCACUAAUUUAGCAAAGCGAGUGGUACGCACCUGUGUAACCUGCAUUCGCAUGAAGGCGAAGACGUUCGCGCCUAUUAUGGACCCAAACGACCUUUCCGCAUUAACCCCAGCUCAUUUCCUUAUUGGCCGACCGCUGACAGCGCCGCCCUGCAAGGACUUGACGGCAGAGACGGACCGGCUCCCACGCUACGAGAUGCUGGAGAAAAUGCGACAACACUUUUGGCAGCGAUGGUCGAAACAAUACAUUUCUGAGCUGCAGACCAGAACGAAAUGGCAGACGCACGGCCAGGAUAUCGUUCACAACUCCUUAGUUCUGGUCAAAGAAGAUAAUCUACCACCCCUCAAAUGGCGUUUGGGACGGGUGGUAGCUCUGUUCACAGGCCACGACAGAGUUUCCCGCGUCGCUGACGUAAAAACAGCGAGCGGGGUCAUACGCAGGGCUUUUACCAAGCUUUGCCCUCUCUUGAUGCCGCCAGAGAGUGAAGCUGCGCCAGCCCCAUCCACAUCACCACAAUCACUUUGAAAGCGGGUGCUUUCAAGGCCGGGGGCAUGUUCGCGGGCCUAACGCCACCUAGCGGGCUUCCCAAGAAGAGG